GUCCCGCACCUAAGACAGGAAGAUGGUGGCCGCAAAGAAGACGAAGAACUCGCUGGAGUCCAUCAACUCAAGGCUCCAACUCGUUAUGAAAAGUGGAAAGUACAUGCUGGGCUACAAGCAGAUGCUGAAGAUGAUCAGGCAAGGCAAAGCGAAACUGGUCGUCCUGGCCAACAACUGCCCAGCCUUGAGGAAAUCAGAAAUUGAGUACUAUGCCAUGUUGGCCAAAACCGGUGUCCAUCACUACAGCGGGCACAACAUCGAGUUGGGCACGGCGUGUGGCAAGUCCUGCAGGGUGUGCACACUGGCCAUCACCGACCCCGGGGAUGCUGACAUCAUUAGAAGCAUGCCAGAACAGACUGGUGAAAAAGAAAUCCUGCAAUAUUUUUCUUUAAUAAAACUGAUUGUGAGCUCCCGGGAAAAGGACCGCUCACCUCUGCCUCCUAAAGAUGGCUCCAGGGAUUAUCUGGAAGCUAAGAUUAUUCCACAGUUCUUCUUGGGACCAGUCCCCAAAUCUGUGACCCCACGACGAUCCUGCUGCUGCCUGUACUAA